AUGGCACUUUCGGCACUCCUCUACAUCAAACACCCAAAUCCCUUCCCUCCUCUCCACUUCUCCAAAUCACACAUCCACCCCAAAAAACCAUUAAUUCUCACUUCCACCCAAACAACCCCAGCACUUAAAUCCCACAAAAAAAUGCUCCCUCACAGACCAAAUUCAGUCUCAAUGCAAGGAGUUCUUUCAGAGGCUAUGAACUUGAUCCAAUCAGCACCACCCACUUGGCAAUCAGCCUUUUUCAGUAAUCUGUCGAUUUUUGUUGUUGGGUCUCCAAUUUUGGUAUCUGGGCUCUCUCUUUCGGGGAUUUUUGCUGCUUUUUUGUUGGGUACUCUCACUUGGCGCGCUUUUGGUCCUUCUGGGUUCCUCCUUGUUGCCUCUUACUUUGUUAUUGGAACUGCAGCUACAAAAGUGAAAAUGGCACAAAAGGAAGCUCAAGGGGUGGCUGAGAAGAGGAAGGGAAGAAGGGGACCAGGCAGUGUGAUUGGUUCAAGUGCUGCUGGUUGUGUGUGCGCUUUUCUGUCAAUAUUUGGAGUAGGGGGAGAGGCAUUUCUUGCGCUUUGGCGACUUGGGUUUGUUGCCAGUUUCUGUACUAAGUUGAGUGAUACAAUCUCAAGUGAGAUAGGGAAGGCAUAUGGCAAAACUACGUACCUUGUUACCACAUUUAAGGUAGUUCCGAGGGGAACAGAAGGGGCUGUCAGUGUUGAGGGAACGCUAGCUGGAUUGCUAGCCUCUAUACUUCUUGCCUCCAUUGGUUGUUUCAUUGGUGAGAUAAAUGUACCUGAAGCAGUUAUAUGCGUGAUAGCUUCCCAGAUUGCUAAUGUUGGUGAGAGCAUAAUAGGUGCUGUGCUCCAGGAGAAAGAAGGAUUUCAAUGGGGUGGUGGGGGUUUACCGGACUACAUACCCACAACCCCACAUCCUAGGAGUCUUAGAAGGCUCAAACUUGGUACUCAAUGGCAUGCCAAUCUAUGGAAUGCAGCCAGCAGUGCUGAGAAGUAUCUGCCUCCUGUGUGUAACUGGCCUGACAUUGCUGAGCUCAACAAUGAUGCUGUCAAUGUCAUCAACAUAUCUGUGGGCAGCAUUUUAGCAGUACUGAUGCAGCAAAUCAUUCUCAGAAACUGGGGUGCUUGA